GUCUUCCCUCGUCUCGUCUCUCUAGCUGCCGGAAUCCUGUCCGUGUGGCUGCAAUUCCUCGGCAUUGGCCCACUCCAUCCACCUCCCCCGCUCACUCUCUCUCUCUCAAAUUCCACUUCGGUUUGCCUCCCUCUUGCUUCCUUUUAUCUCUUCAUCGCUUCCCCACGCUUUGAUCCCGCUGCAUUUCGCUGCAUUGCGCCGCAUUUCGAUCUCGCAAUCCCGAGCUGUGGGAUCGGAGUCCGGAGUCUCUGGCGAUGGCGCUGGCUCAGAGUGUCGCAAGCCUCACUCUCGGCUCGACGGCUCAAUUGCAAGGGCCUUCUUCUGCCACGCCUGGCUCGGUGCGACCAUCUCUGUCGCUACGCUCGAACGCGGCUGCGUUCUCGUCCCAGUCUCACUUCGCGGGGUCGUUCGGGUUGUCAUGGAGCGCGCAAUCCAAUGGCGUGAGCACGAGUAAGAGCAACCGUGGGGCAGCUCUGGUCGUGCGUGCAGCAGCGGGGGAGUCGAAGAAGGUUUUGAUCGUGAAUACCAACAGCGGUGGCCACGCCGUGAUUGGGUUCUGGACCGCCAAGGACUUAGUUGACGCUGGUCACAGCGUCACGAUUCUGACCGUGGGUGAAGAAUUAUCUGACAAGAUGAAGAAGCAGCCCUUCUCUCGGUUCAAUGAGCUUCGUGAAAUUGGAGUCGAGACCGUGUGGGGUGAGCCUUCCGACUUGGGAGCCGCUGUUGGGUCUGCCUCAUUUGAUGUUGUCUUGGACAACAAUGGAAAGACUUUGGACGUUGUUCAGCCUGUUGCUGACUGGGCCAAGGCCAAUGGAGCUAAGCAAUUCUUGUUCAUCAGCAGUGCGGGUAUCUAUAAGAGCACUUUUGAGCAGCCUCACGUUGAAGGGGAUGCUGUGAAGGAGGAUGCUGGUCACAAGCAAGUAGAGAACUAUCUGGCGGAAUUGGGCUUAGAGUCCUGGGCCUCAUUCCGACCUCAGUACAUGACCGGAGACGGGAACAACAAGGAUUGCGAAGAAUGGUUCUUCGACAGGAUUGCUAGGGGAAGGCCAGUUCCCAUCCCUUCUCCAGGAAUUCAGGUGACGAACAUCUCUCACGUACGUGACUUGUCGAGCAUGCUAACACUCGCCGUGGGGAAGCCCGAAGCUGCGAAUGGCUCCAUUUUCAAUUGCGUCUCUGACCGGGGCACCACCUUCGAUGGCCUGGUUAAGAUGUGCGCGAAAGCAGCCGGAAAGGAAGCCAAAAUCGUUCAUUACGAUCCCAAGGCUAUUGGUGUAGAUGCCAAGAAGGCUUUCCCAUUCCGUAACAUGCACUUCUACGCCGAACCACGAGCAGCUAAGACGAAACUGGGGUGGGAGAGCAAGACAAACUUAGCUGAGGAUCUGAAAGCCCGAUGGGAGGAUUACGUUAAGAUCGGUAGGGACAAGAAAGACAUCAAAUUUGAACUCGACGACAAAAUUCUGGAAGUUGUUUCAGAGCCUGUUACAGCAGCUUAGUGAUAGGGCCCCUUUGUACCCAUAAAUCACAAGCCUGGCUAUUUGCAGGUGCUAUUCUCUGUUCGAUGCAUUAAUCUCCAAAUAAAUCAACGAAACUGUCGUAUCGUAGGUUAGUACCAAAACCACAUCUCUUCA